GAAUCGUAUUAGGUGUGCCGACCUCAAGUAAAAAAAAUCCAAUACAUUGAAAUUGAUUUUGUAUCCAUAACUAUUUCAGCAGUGCAUGAGUUUGAAUUUGCAUCUUGAUAAUACAUAAUACCAACCCAAAACCUGGAAUCAAAUUGAAUUUACUAGAAGAACAAGUGCUCCGAUCAAUUGUUGUCAAUGUUUUCCCGUAACCUGGACAGAAACUUAGCAAGCUAGCGCUGUAUAUUGCACCGGCUAACUAGCAACUAGCUAACCGUUCGGUAGUUAGCAAUAGCUAGCGCUGCAUGUUUCUGGUCGCUGUUUUUCAUUUACAGUCGAGCGAGCGGUCAAUGUGGAGGCCGGAGCUGAAUCUUUCCUUAAGUGAAAGGUUCUGUCAGCGACGGACAUAGGAAGCGCGGCUGUGCCGCUCUCGUGCCAGGUCAUCCAAGGUGAAUGCAGCUGACUUGACUGGACUGAGGGUCGGGGGACGCACGGAGGGGUGCGGCAUGCUGGCGGGCGGCCGGGCGCGCGCGGCGUGACUGACCGAGACCAGCGGCCGCGGCGGGAGGCGGGCGGCGGACGGCGGGAAGCGGGCAGAGGCGGCGGCGAUGUCGCGGUGGACGGUGCACCUGGAGGGGGGGCCGCGGCGGGUCAACCACGCGGCCGUCGCCGUGGGACACCGGGUCUACUCCUUCGGGGGCUACUGCUCGGGCGAGGACUACGAGACCUUGCGGCAGAUCGACGUCCACGUCUUCAACGCAGUGUCGCUGUCCUGGAUGAAGCUGCCCCCGGUCAGGACGAGCGGCCGGGAGCAGGCCCGGGAGGUGCCCUACAUGCGCUACGGUCACACCGCGGUCCUGAUGGACGACACCGUCUACAUCUGGGGCGGGCGGAACGACACCGAGGGGGCCUGCAACGUGCUCUACGCGUUCGACAUCGGCACCCACAAGUGGUUCACGCCCGCCGUGUCCGGGAUGGUCCCGGGUGCGAGGGACGGGCACUCGGCCUGCGUGCUGGGCAAGACCAUGUACAUCUUCGGGGGGUACGAACAGCUGGCCGACUGCUUCUCCAACGAUAUCCACAGGCUGGACACCACCACCAUGGCCUGGUCUUUAGUCAACGCGCGGGGUACCCCGGCUCGGUGGAGAGACUUCCACUCGGCCACCAUCAUCGGGACGAAGAUGUUUGUUUUCGGAGGCAGGGCGGACCGGUUCGGGCCCUUCCACUCCAACAACGAGAUCUACUGCAACAAGAUCCAGGUGUUCGACACGCAGACCAACUCCUGGCUGGACUGCCCCUCCACUCAGAUACUGCCUGAAGGCAGGAGGAGCCACUCUGCCUUUGCCUUUAACGGGGAGCUGUACAUUUUUGGUGGCUACAACGCGCGCCUGGAUCGCCACUACAACGACCUCUGGAAAUUCAACCCCGAGAGCUUCUCCUGGAAGAAGGUGGACCCCCGGGGGAAGGGCCCCUGCCCCCGCCGGAGGCAGUGCUGCUGCAUGGUGGGAGACAAAAUCAUCCUGUUCGGAGGAACCAGCCCGUGUCCAGAGCAGGGAAUGGGAGAUGAGUUCAAUCUUAUGGAUCACUCUGACCUGUACAUCUUAGAUUUCUGCCCCGACCUGAAGACGUUAUGCAAGCUGGCGGUAAUUCAGUACCGACUGGAGCAGUCCGGCCUGCCCCAUGACAUCAGGUGGGAGCUGACGGCCAUGACCACCAACAGCAAUAUCAGCAGACCCAUCUUCAGCUCUCACGGCUGAACCGAGCCCUCGCCAGAACCAGAACCGGAAACCGGAACCAGAACCAGAACCGAAAUGUGACCGGGCUGCCAGCCGGGGCCACUUUUUUUUUCCUGUUCCCGUUUGAGGAACUUCAGCGCGCGUGACGGACAUUGGAAGUGUUUUCGUCGUGGCUCGGGGGCGAACCCGUCUGCCGCGGCGGAGCGCGAGCCGGAGCCUUCGGCGGCCUCCUCCUCCUCUUCCUCCUCCCCGCGGACGCUGCGUGAUCGCGACGACGCUACGGAAGCGGCGCUGGUCCCGGGAUGGCAUUCACGCCGUUGCGUUUGGCUUUAGUUGCCGGGGGAGACCGGCUUGAGUACUUUUUAAAUCGCCGCAGAGGCGCCGCGCGGCAUUUAGGAACGCGGGUGCUUCUCCCGACUCUCGGGUAAGAAGAACCGCGACAAGCUUUUGCGCUUUUUUUUUUUUUUUUCUCAACUUGCAUCAACUAGCAUAAUCAGACACGCAAUCCGCACACAAAUAAAAGCAAUCCCCCCCCCCCCAGAACGGGACAGGGGGAGAUAAUCAACGUUUUCUCCGUCUCAAACGAACAGAAGCGGGGGGCCUCCCUCGCCCCUUUGUGGACAGACCGGUUCUGCCGGCGGCAAGGGGGGGUGGGGGGGGGGGCGGGGGGGCGAGCUCCGUAAAGCGUCUUCCAGACCGAUCGGCUCAGAAGCCGGGAGACUGCCGGCUCAGAAGACGCUUCUGAUCCGCACCCAACUCGUUCACCAUCACAUUAUCGCUUCCCUUCCGACCGCAGCCUGGUUUCCCCGCAUCGGUCGCUGAUCACAGUGCAUUAUGGGUGUUUGAGGGAGUGUUAACGCUGGCUGAGGUUUGGAGGAACACCAUCUCUCUCUGUCUCUCACUCUCUCUCCUCUCUCAUUCACUUUCUCACUUUCUCUCUCUCGGUGUGUCAGGUACACACUGUACUUUAGACUCUGUUGCCACAUAUGUACAUGCCUGCUUUGCAUGGAUCUGCUACGGGUUGCCAGCUCAAAUCCUGCACAUUUUUCACUUAUUGACAUUUGGUGUGCCAUUGCUGAGGUUUUUAUGUUGGAAUUUUACAGAUUCUUUUUUUGGGACAUUAAAGUCAUUUCACCAUUUGUCAGGGGUUCAUAACACACAGAAAAAAUGUGUUUUAUCCUUAUGUUCCUUUGCCUUUUUUUAAUCUUUAUUGCACAACCAUCACACAGACAAUUCCACUCGGUACUGUAGUAUUGCAGUGAAUUCAUUACCCCCGUGUACCUUCCCAUCAGGCCAUGGUACCCUGCAGCACAUAUCAGACACCACAGAGGAAGACCACAUAACCGUUUCUCCUGGGGCUGGUCUUCCUGCCAAUCUUUCCUGAAUCAACUCCUGCCAAAUAUACACAAGUCUGUAUGAAAUCAGGUCCUGGAAUGGAUUCACUUGAUCGUGUAAGAGUCAGGUGACUGACUGGGCACGCAAUCACAGUGAGGACCUGUGGCAUAGUAUUGUUUUCCUGUGCGUUUCAGUCGUGUGACCGCGGUUGGCGCUGGUUUGCUACACAGCCCCUCCCUGAGUCCUAUAGUUGUCACGGGAACCAUUCGUGUUCCAAGUUUACGUUCAAAGACUUGAAGUUGUAUCCUCCCAUAAUGCUAAUCGCCUCUAUGUGUGAAGGCCGUAGAUGGUCAUUAUAGUUUACAUCAUAUCAGUUUUAUAUCAGUUACCUGGACCCUAAGAAGACACCAGGGCUGUAUUCAAGAUGAGAAAGACGUGACAGUACUGUCUUCAACGUCCGGUUGCAGAACGCUGUUGCUAUGGCAGCCUAUAGGGUGAUUCUGCGUGGUGUGGACACGGAUUAUCAAAACACGUCACUCGGUGCUUCUGGCCACGCCCCCUUCCCGAAACGUCCACCAAUCGGAAGCGAACACACCUCAAGGACCCAAGUUACAGAGCCAAUGUAAGCCAUUUGGGGGGUGGAUUUAGCAUUCAGCGUUCAAGGCAAACCUUAAGCUAAACGUUUUAGAUCUUGAAUGCGUCCCAGGUGAGGUCUUCACUUGGCAUCUUCUCAGCACAUCAUGUACUUUUGGAUGAAUUGGUUGCAGCAGAUUUGGCCCAUUCUGUGGGUAAUGAAAGCUUUGGAUGAGCUAGCCUAGCGCAGACUGCUUUUCAUGUUUUUUUUUAGUUUUUGAAGAUUUUAGUUACAUUUUUUUUUUUUGUCAUGUGCCCACAUUCAGUUCUGCUUUGGAGAUUAGAAAUCUAUCUAGUUCUGUUCUUUCAAGUCACUCAGUUACGCUUAUUUUUUCAGUGAACAAUUCAAAAAUACCCAUUUAAGUACAAUGAUACAUUUUAGAUCAAAUUAAACUGCACUAGACUGAUUUUUAUAACAAAAUUUCAAACGUGGUUAGAGUUGCCUUUUAGUUCUUUUAUAUAUAGAUUGGGGGGUUUUCUCUAAAACCUUUUUGGUACACUUGGAGUUUAUAAAUAAGCAUCGAUAGCUACCUGAUAUGAACAGGAAUAUUCCAGCAUUUUUUUAUUUUUUUUUGUGACUCUUCUCAUGGUGCAGUGAGGACGUUUGAUUGGAUAGGGAGGUACAUUGUUCUUUGUAUUAUCCAAAUUAUUGGCUUCGUUGAAGUUUAAAGGAAAAACAAAAAAAAUCUGAUUGCAUUUUUUGUGAUACCCUUUACAAAAUUUUUAAUCUUGUUAAAUUCUCAGCACUGACUUGGAGGUUUAAUUUCAGUUUUUUCCCCCCAAGGAAAGGCCACAGUGCUUGGCGUUACAAUAAUGAGGCCUUUGAUCUGCUGUGCUUUUCAAGUAAUCAAUAAGGUGUACAGUUUGAUAUUUAUGAAUAAUUAGCAGUAUUUUAGGAUGAAUUUACAGCUCUCCUAUUUGUGAAGGAGGUGUACUGAAAAUCUGGUUGAUAACACUUUGUCUAUAAUCCAUAAAGCCUGUAUAACAUUCUCAUAACACCCAUUAUAAGCAUUUAUGAGUGCCUGUUGAUGCUGAAGAUCUGUCACAUCUGUCCUAAUGUAUGCAGUUAUAUUUUUCAAAACAUAUUUUGAAUGUAAAGUUCUCUGCCUACAUUAAUGACAGUGUCACAGCAUGCACUUUCAUGACUGGUUAUGACGGGGGGUUAUGUCACGUUUAUGACAGUGUUAUGAAGGCUUCACGGCGUAUAGCUCCGGCAGUGUAACCCUCUGGUCCAUGCCCAGUGAACCGAACAUUCGAGAGCGGCGUUGUGGAACUGACAGAUUUGCGUUGAGUGUGGAAAGAGCCCCGAUUAAUGAUUACUCCUCCUGAUCUUCUGCAGUAGACCUGAUGGGACGCAUUAAAUUUAUUCGGUGAAGGGAACCGUGAACGAGACGGCCGAGCGUUGCAGAGAGGGCGCGGUUCCCGUUAAGACUCCGUUCAUGCAGGAGCGACCGGGGCGGCGCGUGGUUCUGCUCGUAAUCCGGCGUGCGAAUCUUCCCAGGCGGACUUGCGUGGGGCGAUGGCGCCAUUUUGCUUUUUUUUUUUUUUUUUUUUUUUGCAACGUGCGUUCAGUUUUAACGUGUGUUGAUAGGUAGACUAGAAAUGAAAUAUUGCCCAAUGAGAUCAUUUGUAUGUAAAAUAAUAAUAACGUUCAGCAAUAUGUGUACGAUGAGUGAGUGGUGCUGGAGAAUGGCAGAGGCCCCGUUAAGACGAGCGUUUACGUGACGUUUAAAAAGGGCUCCUGCUGUGUCGCUCGGCUCUCUUCGGCUGUGACAUCAUUGCACAAAGAUUCAGGGGCGCGACGGUCGCUUUACGUCUAUGGUAUAGAAGAAAAAAAAGAAGAGAAUUAAUAAAAAUGAAGGUUUAUCUGCCAAGGCUAAUCCACUUUUAUUGUGCAGUAUGGUCUUUAAUUGUACAAAUAAUAAAAUGGAUGAAAUUGAA